GAGACUGCAAGACAGGAAAGGACUGAAAUAAUGGCAAUGCUCAUUAAAUCUGUAUAUUUUCUUUUCCACGUGGCUUUCUCAGUGGCGGUACCUGUUCCAUGUGAGCAGCAAGUGGUCCGCCUUGAAGCAGAGAUUGCGGGUCUGACCAAUUUGAUCAAUGAACAGCACCGGUACAUCCAGGUGCUCCACAGCCAUCAGGCUGAGCAGCUCGAGCACAUCCCCAACUCUCAUCUGGGCAGCCAAAACCUCUACAGAGACUGCUCUGAAAUUUUUGCCAAUGGAAACGUGGCCAGUGGCUUGUACGUGAUUCGGCCCGACGGCUUCCCCACAGCCCUCAGUGUCUACUGUGACAUGAAUAACGGAGGAGGGUGGACAGUUUUUCAGAGGAGGAGGGAUGGCAAAGAGGACUUUGACAGAGCGUGGGUGGAGUACAAGCAUGGCUUUGGGGACCUGCAUUCUCCAGAUGGAGAAUUUUGGAUGGGCAACGAUGCUCUACAUCAUCUCUCCUCACAAGGAAACUAUGACCUUCGCAUCAAUAUGGAAGACUUUGAGGGGAAAGAAAGCUUUGCAGAGUACAAGAACUUUAAAGUGGACAGUGAAAGGGACAUGUACCAGUUGCAUUUGGGGGAGUACAAGGGGACCGCAGGGGAUGCCCUGGCUGAUCUGCACGCCACCGAAAAACCAGCUCCAAAAUUCAGCACCUAUGACAACCAGCCUGGCGACGAGGUCAAGUGUAUCAGACACAGCAAGUCGGGCUGGUGGUUCAGCAGGUGCGAUUCUGGUAACCUUAACGGCCACUACUACAAGGGACCGUACCAAGCCAUGACCGAUGACGGGGUGGUGUGGUACACAUGGCAUGGGUGGUGGUAUUCCAUCAAAUCUGUGGUCAUGAUGGUACGAGCGGCCGACCUCGAGCGUCCGCAAGCCAUGGUGUCGGGUCAAUUGGACCCGAUGAAAGCGGCAGGUGAUAUGCACUAAUUCGGUUACAAUGGCAUACAGUAUUAUGUAGUCCCUAUUAUACAGUAGUAUUGCUGUUAUUGUUUUUGAAUACCCCAAAUUAAAACAUUACAAGAAUUGAA